AUGUGUUUUAGUAAUAAGAUCGUUGGUAACAUCGCUGUCUCUCCUCUCUCUCUCGCGCCUAUCAACGACAACAUUCAAUACUCGUACUGUUGCUCAAAACUAAUCAAAGAUAGCUUACUUGAAAUUGAAUUUGUGCUUGAACAUAACUGGUGCUUUCUUCAGAGACAUGAGGGUCAGGCAUACGCACAGCUUGACGAGACAGAUGAGAGUCUUCAAGUUGAAACAAAUGGAGGAGGACACGGACACGAGGAGUUUGAGUUCAGCGAAAUUUUUGUGCACCAGCUCAUUCACACCAUUGAGUUUGUGCUUGGAGCUGUUUCCAACACUGCUUCUUAUCUUCGUCUUUGGGCCCUCAGUCUUGCCCACUCGGAGUUGUCCUCAGUCUUCUACGAGAAGGUCCUUCUUAUGGCUUGGGGUUUCAACAAUAUCUUCAUCCUGAUAAUUGGGAUCCUGGUGUUCAUAUUUGCAACCGUGGGAGUGCUUCUGGUGAUGGAGACGUUGAGCGCGUUCCUUCACGCGCUGCGUCUUCACUGGGUGGAGUACCAGAACAAGUUCUACGAAGGGGAUGGCUACAAGUUUGCUCCUUUCACUUUCACUCUCGUUGGAAACGAAGACGAGUGA